CUCUUGCUUCUUCGGCUCUUCAUCUUCUUCAUUUCUUUCUUUCUUUCUUUCUUUCUUUUUUCAUUAUUGUUUAUAUGUCGUCAAAUGAAAAGAACAAUUCGCAACACAACUAUGAUCCUUUCCAAGGAUUCAACCGAUCAACCUUUCACUUCUUUGGCGACAACAAUCCUUGUAUUUACAACCAAUCUGCAGCUCCAACACCAGCCUUAGAUCCUUCAUACAUGAGCUUCACCGACUACUUAAAUGGCGGCUCCGUUGACUACAACUCCUUUUCGAGAGCCUUUGACAUGUCUUUUUCUUCAUCAGAUGUUGUUAGUCCCAUGGAUGACAGUACUACAAACACCAAGAGAAUCGGCAUUUCUGCAGAGAAUUCAGUGGGGGAUAAUCAAAAUUUGAAUCAUAAUAUUUCUGAGAACCUAUCAACACCCAUUUCCUCAGUGUAUUGUUCUUCUAAUGAAGACGAAGAUUCGAGCACGGGUAAGAAAGAUAAGCAGCCAAAAGCGUCUGAAGAUCAAGGAGAUGACAAGUCAAAGAAAGUGAACAAGGCAACAAAGAAGGAGAAAAGGCAAAAGGAGCCAAGGUUCGCGUUUCUCACAAAUAGUGAGAUCGAUAAUCUUGAAGAUGGAUACAGGUGGAGGAAGUACGGUCAGAAGGCCGUCAAGAACAGUCCUUUUCCAAGAAGUUACUACAGAUGCACAAGCCCAAAAUGUGGUGUUAAGAAGCGAGUAGAGAGAUCAUUUCAGGACCCGUCGGUGGUGAUCACAACAUAUGAAGGAAAGCACGACCACCACAUUCCGACAACUCUCCGUGGCCACGGUGUGGGGGGGUUUUCGCCUUCGGCCAUGACGAUGGGUCCUGGUUUCCCUCAUGAAUUCCUAAGUCAUUUGCUCCCUUCAUCCAGCAAUGAUCCAUCAGGAAACACCGACUCCAUGCAGUACCAACAGCAGCAGCAGCUUCAAAUUCCUGAUUAUGGCCUAUUACAAGACUUAGUUUCUUCCUUCACCCGCUGUCAGGCGCCAUAAAUUAACUCCUUUCUGAUUCCUUGAUUUUGUUGUGCAAUAUGUUUAGUAUCACAGUCCACAUGAGGUUGUUGUAAUAUUGGAAACCCCUCAUAGAAGAAUAUUGAUUGCACUUUAAUUUGUUCUCUUUAUUUCCUGUUUGAAUGAUUAU